AUGGCUUGCAUCAUGUGGGGCGAGUUGUCCGUCGGCGUGCAUAUGGACGUCGCAGCACGCUUGGCACCAAAGACGAUGGCUUGCAUCAUGUCGGACACCAAUGAAUGUACAGCAAAAACACAUGGUUGUCAUGCCAACGCUAACUGUAGCAACAUCCCUGGUUCAUAUACAUGUGCAUGUUUAACUGGUUACCAAGGAAAUGGAACACAUUGUUCAGACACCAAUGAAUGUACAGCAAGAACACAUGGUUGUCAUGCCAACGCUAACUGUAGCAACAUCCCUGGUUCAUAUACAUGCGCAUGUUCAACUGGUUACCAAGGAAAUGGAACACAUUGCUCAGACACCGAUGAAUGUAUGGCAAAAACAAAUAGUUGUCAUGUCAACGCUAACUGUAGCAACAUCCCUGGUUCAUAUACAUGUGCAUGUUUAACUGGUUACCAAGGAAAUGGAACACAUUGCUCAGACAACAAUGAAUGUACAGCAAAAACACAUGGUUGUCAUGCCAACGCUAACUGUAGCAACAUCCCUGGUUCAUAUACAUGUGCAUGUUUAACUGGUUACCAAGGAAAUGGAACACAUUGCUCAGACACCGAUGAAUGUAUGGCAAAAACAAAUAGUUGUCAUGCCAACGCCAACUGUAGCAACAUCCCUGGUUCAUAUACAUGUGCAUGUUUAACUGGUUACCAAGGAAAUGGAACACAUUGUUCAGACACCGAUGAAUGUACGGCAAAAACAAAUAGUUGUCAUGCCAACGCCAACUGUAGCAACAUCCCUGGUUCAUAUACAUGUGCAUGUUUAACUGGUUACCAAGGAAAUGGAACACAUUGUUCAGACAACAAUGAAUGUACAGCAAAAACACAUGGUUGUCAUGCCAACGCUAACUGUAGCAACAUCCCUGGUUCAUAUACAUGUGCAUGUUUAACUGGUUACCAAGGAAAUGGAACACAUUGUUCAGACAACAAUGAAUGUACAGCAAAAACACAUGGUUGUCAUGCCAACGCUAACUGUAGCAACAUCCCUGGUUCAUAUACAUGUGCAUGUUCAACUGGUUACCAAGGAAAUGGAACACAUUGCUCAGACACCAAUGAAUGUACGGCAAAAACAAAUAGUUGUCAUGCCAACGCUAACUGUAGCAACAUCCUUGGUUCAUAUACAUGUGCAUGUUUAACUGGUUACCAAGGAAAUGGAACACAUUGCUCAGACACCAAUGAAUGUACAGCAAAAACACAUGGUUGUCAUGUCAACGCUCAAUGUAACAAUACCAUUGGUUCAUAUGCAUGUGUAUGUACAACUGGUUACCAGGGAAAUGAAACGCAUUGCACAGCAACAGACGCCAACGCAAGUCAGUCGAAUACCUAUCUAACUCUGGGUCUUUCUCUCAGUCUUGUUGCUGUGCUGGUAGUGGCUUUGUUUACUUUUUUCAUUCGUUUUCGAAACAAUAAGCUGCGAGGAAUACACGGAAUAUCCAGCAGGUCUGGACGUACACUUGGAAAAUCCUCUCGUCACAUUUUGGGGAAUGACGCGGGCAACGUGUACUCCAAUACAGUUUACAGCCUUGAAUUGGCAAAGAGAGAUUCUGGUGCACCGGACAAGGCCAACAGCAACCAGUACGUCAUCAAUUUCUCCACGGCGACAACGAAGAGCAACACAGCAUGCCGCCGCUCACCCAAAGCCAACAAAGCUAGCAUGUACCAGCGUGUGCUCGGGCUAGCCUUAAAGAAAAGCGCUCGUUCUGACCACACGAGUGCUAGUACUAGUGAAAGUCUAUCAGCCGAGGCGAUACAUGAUGAUUCCCAUGACAAUCGUUCCCCGGCCAGUGUAGCGACUUUCACUAGCUGCAAUUCUAGUGAACAAACCACUGGCCGACCCAAACUUGUAACUGGAGACACUGAGGAGACUCCAUGCAGCCUCAGCGGUGACAGUAAGCACGACGCUGACAUCUACGGCAAUGAGAGUGGUGAUGACAGUGAUGUGGAUGGCAAUGUCAUCGACGCUGACAUCUACGGCAAUGAGAGUGGUGAUGGCAGUGAUGUGGAUGGCAAUGUCAUCGACGCUGACAUCUACGGCAAUGAGAGUGGUGAUGACCGUGAUGUGGAUGGCAAUGUCAUCGACGCUGACAUCUACGGCAAUGAGAGUGGUGAUGGCAGUGAUGUGUAUGACACGUGCGUCAACGACAGCAGCGGUGCAGGUGCGAGUAAUACCAUUGGUGGACACGGGAUUACAGAGAAUAUAUAUCAAUGUGGUGAAGUUGCAAGUUACAGCGACAACGUUGCAGAGAAUGUAUAUCAAUGUGGUGAAGUUGCAAGUUACAGCAACAACGUUGCAGAGAAUGUAUAUCAAUGUGGUGAAGUUGCAAGAGACAGCAACACCAUUACAGAGAAUGAAUAUAAGUGUUAUGAAGGUGCAAGUGAUCCCAUUGCUAGAAAUGCGAUUGCAGAGAAUGAAUAUCAAUAUUAUGGUGAAAUUACAAGUGGCAGCAAAGCAAUUGCAGAGAAUGAAUAUAAGUGUGAUGAAGGUGCAAGUGAUACCAUUGCUAGAAAUGUGACCACAGAGAAUGUAUAUUAUCAAUAUGGUGAAGUUGCAAGUGGCAGCAAUGCGGUUGCAGAGAAUGUAUAUCAGUGUGAUGAAGGUGCACGUGAUACCAUUGCUAGAAAUGUGACCACAGAGAAUGUAUAUCAAUAUGGUGAAGUUGCAAGUGGCGGCAAUGCGGUUGCAGAGAAUGUAUAUCAGUGUGAUGAAGGUGCACGUGAUACCAUUGCUAGAAAUGUGACCACAGAGAAUGUAUAUCAAUAUGGUGAAGUUGCAAGUGGCGGCAAUGCGGUUGCAGAGAAUGUAUAUCAGUGCAGUGGAGAUUCAAGUGACGCUGGUGUUAGAAAUACGUAUCGUAACUUCCCUAAAAGCAGCCCCAAUCGCAGUGGCGCUGUGCAGACUUCUCCUCCCGCUCGGCAGCAGGUUGAUAACAGCACUCGACAGCAUCAGACCGUGUCUAAACCUCAGUUACCUUCAAGUGCGCGGCCCUGUCUAGCAUUUCCGCCAGUGCAGCCCAAAUCUCCACAACCGGGUGUAUAAUCACACUGAACACUGGGCAAUAUUAUUAUUCUCGUAUCCGUCCCGAAUGGAACUCACGACGGCAGAAUUGACUGUGAGCAGGUGUGUGUGAGAGUGGGAAAACGAAAUGAAAAAGAAAGGGAGAGUCUUGUAAUAGAGGUCAAAUUUAAGAAGAGCAGUACAAGACUAAAUGGCUGAGCAGAUGUUACCCCAUUGUUUUCUAUCGCGGACAUAGCUGCCGAGAUCACGAAGGCACUGGACAAUAGGUGGUCAGGAUUCAACAAGAGCAGCUGCAUCCAGGCUCCGGCUGACACUAUCAUCGGUCAUGUCCUUUGAGUAACCAGAGACAACACGACACCUGUUCUAUCUCUUAAACUGUCAAAAUAAUAUUAUAUAGGAUAGAUUAUAUGGAAUACUAUUGUUCCAAUUUUCGUCUGAUAAACGAUUAAUUUCGUGAAACUCAGGGUUACGAAACCGCAACUGCUCGUUCUCCUGUCUGUAAAGGAUACUAUAGAACUUAAAUUUAAAAAAAUCGUAAUGAUAUUAGCACAUCAUUAUGAAUUUGACAAACUGGAAUACUACACUAUUAUUAUCUUAAACAUAAUUAUACUGUACCAUAACUUUAUACCCAUCAUAUUUGGCAUCUCUCUGACCAACCUUUGGUGAACUGGAGAAAUAUAAUCAUCGGAUAAUUCUUCUAUUGCAUCUAAGUUAACGUCACAGUAUCUAUUUGCCAAUGUAUUUGUAUUUGUAUUUAUGGAUUCUCCACAGGCCUUUAAUAGCCUAAAUCAAUACCGGCGUCAUGGUUUUUGUGGCUGCCCAUUUGGCUUGCAGAUCCGCCCGGAUAUUAUUUGUUCGUUCAGCGUAUGCGAACAUUUGGAUUAAUCCAUGUGAACACGAGAAUGCAUAUUAUUAUUAUUUUUAUUAUUAUUAUCAUUAACUGGUUUGAGGGGAAAUUAUUAUUAUUAUUCAUAAGU